GCUACAUCACUCGCUGUCCUGUUCCUGCUUGUGUGGAUGUGCGAUGCUGCACUGUGGACUUGUGACUGUCAGAACCGUACAUCAGAGAACAAGCUGGUUCUGGAGACUUGUCACUGUGCAGGGGACAGCAUGGACCACGUGCCGCAGGACAUCAACCAUGGUCACCUACACGCCUUGUGAAUCCAUAUCCCUCGGAGGAGUAGAAGAGAUCAAAGAUAACGACUUCCUUCCAUACAGCAACACUUUACAAGAACUGUACAUCACUCAGAUGAGGAGCCUCAGGGCUCUACAGAGGAAUGUGUUCCGUCACUUACCCCAGAUACAAACUAUAACCAUCUCUCAGGUCCCCAACAUGAGGCAGCUACCAAACCAUCUGUUCUCACCUGUCAACCGCCUCAAAGUUCUAAGGGUGAUCCACACUGGACUGGAGAAUAUUCCAGCGUUCAAAGCACUCGGCAACAACUUCAUCAUGCACAUCGUAGAUUUUGAAAGCAACAAAAUAAAGCGACUUCAAACAAAUUCAGUACGUGUAAGAAGUGAACAAUUUUUGCUGGCCUACAACAAAAUAGAACAUGUCGAAGGAUGGGCCUUUAAUGGAUCCGAAAUAGGAAAAAUCAGCUUUAGAGGCAACCGUGAGCUGACUGAUCUGUCACCAGACGCAUUCAACGGCCUCUCCAGCCUCAGGGACUUGGAUCUAUCAGAAACGUCCAUCACCUAUUUACCAACAAUAGGGCUAGAAACGUUGGAAAUGCUCAGACUCACCGACACAUACACUUUGAAGACAAUUCCUUCCAUAUACGACUUAAAAAGUCUACAAAAGGCUGAGUUGACUUAUUCGUUCCACUGCUGUGCUUUCAAAUAUCCAGCCCGUCACGACCCAGCCAGACACGCCCGUCAUCAGAAAUACAUUGCUACAAUGCAGGAAAGAUGCAAGGACCGAGUUAGGGAGAAAAGGAGUGUAAGUGAUGGACAUGGGGAGGACAACUUCGGGGCCAUCAUCAUGGAGGGGCAGGACAACUUUAUCCCUCCACUGACGGGGGAAAAUAUCUUCCACCACCUGACACCACCCUUGUCCGUUCAGGAGGGGGUGGCCUUUAACACGCAGCAUGACGACGACCAGAAUGUGCUGAGUGGAGGAUGGGCAGAUAUUGAGGCUCCAGGCCCUACUCAGUCCCACUCAGACUCGGAUGAAGUGUUCCACCAGUCCACAGCUCAGCUGCCUCAGGCCAAGCAACAAGCGUUGUGCGGGAACCUCUCUCUGCCGCAGCCUCCAGUAGUCUGUGCUCCGGUGCCUGACGCCCUCAACCCUUGUGAAGAUAUCAUGGGGUCAGACUGGCUAAGGACGUCAGUGUGGCUAGUUAUCAGCACUGCAGUGUUUGGUAACAUUGCUGUGCUUGUAGUCCUUGUUUCUGCUAGGUCUGAGACUUCAGUUCCUCGCUUCCUCAUGUGUCACCUCGCCUUCGCUGACCUCUGUAUGGCUCUCUAUUUACUACUAUUAGCUGUCACAGACCUGCGAUCAACUGGCGUUUAUUUUAACUACGCUUUUGAUUGGCAGCGAGGGAGUGGGUGUCAGGUUGCUGGGUUCAUGACAGUGUUUGCCAGUCAAUUAUCUAUCUUCACCUUGAGUUUACUGACGGUGGAGCGGUGGUUUGCCAUCCGCCACGCCCUCUACACCAACAGAGUAGACCUCUCUCUUGCGACCAAGAUCAUGUUUGUAGGCUGGGCCUACGCUCUAGUACUAGCCGCCCUGCCUCUAAUCGGUGUUAGCAGCUACUCCAGCACAAGCAUUUGUCUGCCGAUGGAUACCCACAACACCGUGUCAGUUGUGUACAUAUUGUACUUGUUGGCGUUCACUGGAAUUGCUUUUAUACUCAUAUGCUGCUGUUAUGCUCAGAUUUACCUUUCACUGAGUUAUGAGACCCGCCACCCACCAGGGGAGCGCACUGUGGCUCGCAAGAUGACGCUACUUGUAGGCACCAACUUUGCUUGCUGGGCUCCCAUUGCCUUUUUCUCCCUCACUGCCGUGGCUGGUUAUCCACUUAUCGAUGUCACUCGCUCCAAGAUACUCCUAGUUUUCUUCUACCCGAUUAACUCUUGUGCGAAUCCCUACCUUUAUGCCAUCAUGACAGCUCAGUAUAGAAAAGACUUGAUACAACUUCUAGCUAGAUAUGGACUAUGCACAAGAUGUGCCCAACAGUACAAGAUGGUUUACUCUCAGCCUGGCAAGAACUCUACCCAGUCUCACUUGCCGGCGCCGCUACUGCACACAGAUAGCGUACAAACUGCUGAGGUAGCAGUGUGACAAAAAAAGAAGAUAUCCUGGAGGGGAUGAGAGUGUCUGGAACAUGUGGUUCUGAGCAGAGUCACAGGACGAGAGUGUCAGUCACGUGUUGAGAGCUCCAUGUGACACAACGUCAAUCAAGGAGGACCCUGAGGACAUCUACAUUGUUGAAUAAAGGCGAUAGGACUCUAAAGGUGUGAUAAAAAAGUCCACAGUAAAAGGGAUUUAUGGUGAAGCAGAAGCCUAAAAUCAUAGAUUGAAAUUUUGUGGCUUUCCAGCCGGGGCUUAGUAGCUUUGAUUAUGAAUAUCUUGUGGUAGACAUUAUGUUCGUAAAAAUUGUACGGUAGCCAGUUUUAAAGAUUUUGAUUUGAGCCACUGUUAGAGAGCUAUGUGAGAAAUAUGCUACUGUACAAUGUUGUAAUAUUGUCGACAGUAGGAGUACAUCUAUAUUCUGAUUCCAUUUCCAUAACCAUGGCCACACUCUUGGUUGUCAAAUUCCCUGCAACUUGGACAGAAACCGAGUAGCAUAAAGAUUAUCUCUCAGUUUUUAGUGCAAAGAUGGUUUAUAUCGGAUAGGUUUUGUUUUGAGCUAAAUAGCCUGUCCUCACAUGGAAUAAUGUAUGAUGUUGAUCCAUUCUUAAGCCAGGCUCAAUAUCACAUACUUUUGGGACAUAUUUGAACCUAGAUAUUGAACCUUUUAUGACUUUUAAUAGACAGACUUAUUUUUGUAAGAAUGUAUUUUUGAAAGUAAAAAGAAAACCCACAAAAACUGAUCUGUAAAUAGCCAGGACAUAUUAAAUGUAAGUAAAAAACGGGCCAAAAUGAUAUGAAACUAUAAGUAACAUCUGUUGAAAACUUGGUGUAAAGUUUAAUUAUUCUAUGUUUAAGGGUUUAGAAUAGUAAAUAUUUCUGGGACUUUCUUUACAAAAACAAUUUUAAAAAAUCAGUAGUUUAAACUAAUGUA